CGGCGUCCUGCGGUCGGCAAUGCGCAGCCUACGACACCGCACAUACGUUCGUGUUGUCUUAUGUUUGUCGAAUUGGCACCGCGCUUCGCAAUGUCUUUUGUUUGUUCGACGGACUCAUUCGAACCCACGGUAGUUUCUCCGACUACCGGCGUCGAUUGUGCGCAACAAGAUUGCCUCAAAGACCUCUUUCAGGCUGGGCAGCCACCCGAUGUGCACAUGGUAGUGUCUCCACUCAUCUUAUGCGACGACGACUUCUUCGAGGAUGGCUCGAAUCCCCGCAAAAAACGUUCUGUUAACACCAGUGACGUAACCUUCCGUGUGGGCGACCGCUUCGCGAGUUUCGUAGAGCUCGAAAAGGCCGUCGCCGCCUACAGCUCGCGCCAUUCUGUGCAGCUGUGGAAAAGAGACGCGCGCACCAUCGACGCGGCCAGGAAGAGAGUUGGCAACAUCGCCAGCAAAAUGAGCGAGCACCUGAAGUAUCAGUGCAUCAAAUACUGCUGCAUUCACGGGGGAAAGAAGUUCACCUCAACCGCCACUGGACGAUCGUCCUCGACCUUCAAGCAUGACUGUGGGUUCCACAUCUACGUUGUUGCCACCAAAGACGGAGCCAACCUGGAGGUCCGAAGUGUGUGUCUCUGGCACACCAAUCAUGCUGUGUCAUCAGAGCCUCUUUCUGAGCAUACGCCUCAAAGGCGGAAGGUUGGCCCUGGUUUCAAGCACAUACCAGCAGCCCACAACAUUCCAAGCACGGAAGUGCCUCUGUCAGAUGAAAUUAAAAAGCCAGACCCCCUGCUAAUCGACAAUGAAAACAUUAACCUGUAUCUGUCAAGCAAUCAAAAGCACCAUUAUAAGCCAGAGCUUCAUGAUGGUGCUUCUGAUGGCUUGGCAGGAUCAGAGACUUUGUUUAAUGACAAUGUAAAAGCCAGAGCGCCUGCCCCUGUGAGGCUGGCUGCUGUGCUUAGUGACAAUGCUAAAAGUGAGCCAAUACUGUCAAGUCACCAAAAGGACCAUCGGAAGAAUAAACCUCUGCCUAUUGACAAUGGUGAGGAUGAGCUAAUUCUGUCAAGCCAUGAAAUGCAUGAAAAAGCUGCAGCAGUUGCUGGCAAGAUUGCCAGAAUUCUUUCUGGAGCCUCGAUGCCAAAGUUCCAGCGAAGAUUGGAAGUUCUGGAGGCACUUCUGAGAGACUGGUCUUGCGAUGACGAAGUGGCAGCAGGUAACAGGGAGGAUAACCAGUGCAUCGCAUCUCCUUGCUUCAAACCUGCAGAAGUUUAGGAAGCACCACACAAGAGCAAUGCUGGCACCUUCACUCUGGCAGCAGACGAAGCUGAUGCUCGUCUUUCGGGUAUCGCAACUUUCGUGUCAGUUCUAAGUGGGCAGAAAAUCAAACCCAUAACUGUUCUAGCACUCAAAGCCUCCCAAUCUCUUACCUGUUUCAAUGCUGACGAGGCUAAUACACCAUUCGCUGAUACCGUUAAGGAAAUCGAAAUUGCUCCUUGUAUGAGCAGCUGCAGGCACCCCAAGGAAAGCAAUUUGACCGUGGAUCCCACAAAAAGAAAAUGUGUUUCAGACUGUGGCCCCUUCAGGUCUUGCACUUGUCAGGAAAAAAAAUUUACUGUCUUAAUGUGGCUAGUGGGUGAGGCUGCUGCUACUGAUGGCUUGAACGGUAAGGUCCUCGAAAAAAAGGAUGUUGAAACAAAGCCGGAGUUGCUGCACUGUGGUUUGUUGGAUGACAGCGUGGAUGUUAGCAUUGCAGAGACGUUCUUCUCCAGCGAUGCUUGGACUGCUGCGAUGAGUGUAGUGAAUGCGAAACGCUCGGUGCACUGGUGGGAUUGUGAAGAGUGUCAUAGAGACCUGAAAAAAGUUCGACUCAUUUUUGUGUGACUGGUGCCUCAGCUGGUAUCACAUCCCAUGCACCUCAUUGAAAAGGCAGCCAAAGAAGAAGAAACUCUGGCAGUGUUCUUAUUGCAGGUAACUCUGUAAAGUAUGUAAUUUUCUUGUGAAUAAUGUACAAAACUCGCUUCUUGAUUUUGCCUUUAUAACACUUGAAGAGUUUGGGUACAGUGCAAUAAAAAAAACUUUGUUCUCUCAU